GGGGCCAGGGCCGGGCUGGGGCUGGAACCGGGACCGGGGCUGGGGCUGAGAUCGGGGCUGCGCCGCGGCGGGAGCAGAGCCGGGGCUGGGACCGGAUCCGGGACCGGGAUCGGGAUCGGGACUGGCGCUGGAACCAGGACCGGAUCCGAGACCGGAGCUGGAACCGGGACCUGGGCUGGGGUUGGGGCUGGGACCGGGACCGGGGCUGCGCUGCCGGCGGCCCCGCGGCACCGGUCGGGCAGCGCUGGCACCGGCAGCGCGGGGGAGCGGAGCGGCCGGUCCUGCCCUGCCAUCCCCUGCCUUCCUCUGCCCUGCCCACCCUCCUCCUCCGCGCCCUCCCCGCCGGCAGCGCCCUGAGCCCGGCGCGGCGAUGGGCUGAGAGUGCCGGGCACGGCGGGGGCCCGGCGGCGGCAGGAUGAGGGGGGGCUCGGAGGGCAGCGGGGAGGGCGAGGGGCUCUCGAGCCUGCGGGCCUUCGCCCACAGCUCCUCGCUGCACGGCAUCAGCCACGUCUUCGCCUACGGGGCCGUGUCCCUGCGCCGCGUGCUCUGGGGCGGCUUCUUCCUGGGCUCGCUGGGGCUGCUGCUGCUCGUGUGCGCCGAGCGCGUCGCCUACUUCCUCACCUACCCCCACGUCACCAAGCUGGACGAGGUGGCCGCCCGCAACCUCACCUUCCCGGCCAUCACCAUCUGCAACCUCAACGAGUUCCGCUUCUCCAAAAUCACCCGCAACGACAUGUACCACGUGGGCGAGCUGCUGGCGCUGCUCAACGAGCGCUACGAGAUCAGCAACCCGCAGCUGGCCGAGCCCCACGUCCUGGCUGCCCUGAGGGACAAGGCCAACUUCAAGAACUUCAAGGCGAAACCCUUCAGCAUGGCCGAGUUCUACAACCGCACGGGCCACGACCUGGCCGAGAUGCUGCUGCAGUGCACCUUCCGUGGCACCGGCUGCACCGCCCGCAACUUCACCGUGAUCUUCACACGCCUGGGGAAGUGCUACACGUUCAACCCGGGGGGGCCGGGGCGCGAGGUCCUGACCACGCUGCAGGGGGGCUCCGGCAACGGCCUCGAGCUCAUGCUCAACGUGCAGCAGGAGGAAUAUCUGCCUGUCUGGGGGGACACAGACGAGACGUCGUUCGAGGUGGGGGUGAAGGUGCAGAUCCACAGCCAGGAGGAGCCGCCCUUCAUCGACCAGCUGGGCUUUGGCGUCGCCCCCGGCUUCCAGACCUUCGUCUCCUGCCAGCAGCAGCGGCUCGUGUACCUGCCCCCCCCGUGGGGGGACUGCAAGGCCACCCCCAUCGAGUCCGACUUCUUCACCAACUACAGCCUGACGGCGUGCCGCCUGGACUGCGAGACGCGCUACCUGGCCGAGAACUGCAACUGCCGCAUGGUGCACAUGCCGGGCAACGCCAACGUCUGCACCCCGGAGCAGUACAAGGAGUGUGCUGACCCCGCGCUGGACUUCCUGGUGACGAAGGACAGCGAGUACUGCGCGUGCCGCACGCCCUGUGCCAUGGUGCGCUACGGCAAAGAGCUCUCCAUGGUGAAGAUCCCCAGCAAGGCCUCGGCCAAGUACCUGGCCAAGAAAUUCAACAAGACAGAGCAGUACAUCGCGGACAACGUGCUGGUCCUGGACAUCUUCUUCGAGGCUCUGAACUACGAGAUGAUCGAGCAGAAGAAGGCGUACGAGGUGGCAGGGCUGCUGGGUGACAUCGGGGGGCAGAUGGGGCUCUUCAUCGGCGCCAGCCUCCUCACCAUCCUGGAGAUCUUCGAUUACCUGUACGAGGUGUUCCGGGACAAACUCCUGAGCCUGUACAAGGAGAAGAAGCGGAGCCCCCGGAGCGACAGCGGCACCCUGAGUGCCCGGCCCCCCCCCCUGCGUGGCCCCGCGCCCCGUCUCGGCGUCGCCCCGAACCUGCUACCUCGUCACCCGGCUCUAGGGCCCCCCCGGGACCCGCCGCGGAGCCCAGCCCGCCCCCCCGCCGGCCGGGGGGCUGGGGGGGCACCCCCGGGCCACGGGGCAGCCUCCUGGUCCCCCCCACCCCCUGAGGGGGUGUCGGGGGGCUGGGGGCAAGGGGCCCCCCCAGCCCCGCUCCCGUGACCCUGCA